CACUCUCGUCCCAAGCAACAUUUGUUUUCAUUGUUUCCCCAGUGGGUGUCUUCGGUGUAGCUGGGGCGUUUUGGAUGUUUAAUAAAUGUAUACAGCGUGAGUGAGCGAAGGUGGAGGAUUUGAGGCCGUGUUGCUGUGGUUGAGUUGACUCUGCAGGGAAGAUGUGCAAUGGAAUGAUAGAGUCAAAAUCAAAAGCAUUUUGGGCUCACACCUCAGCCAACAGACGGUCACUCUCCUUGCUGCUGGUUCUGACUGUAGUGUCCACUGGGCAAGGGUCAGGAUGUGUGAGGCCAUACAUGGUCCAAAACAGCUGGGUCAACCUGACAGAAACCAACAGGGGUUCGUUCCCUGUGGGCACAGUGCUGCAGUACACCUGUGAUCCUGGUUACCUGGCAGAGGGACCCACCAUCCUCACCUGCACCCCAAUGGGACACUGGUCCUCUGAGCCACCACGUUGCAUUCGCAGUGGUGUGUGUCUACCCCUGUCGGAGCCAGAAAACGGGGGCUACACUUGCCACCCGUCGCCCUGUCGAAUGUUUUCCCAUGGCACUGUGAUUGAGUUCUUCUGCGAUGAGGGAUUCGUUCUGAAGGGAGACUACAACUACCUGACGUGUCAGUAUGGACAGUGGGACGGCCCCAUGCAGAUCAGUUGUGUCAGCCAAGGUUGCGUAAGGCCCUUCAUGGUGCAACAUGGCUCAACUAAUCUGACAGAAACCAACCGGGGUUCGUUCCCUGUGGGCACCGUGCUGCAGUACAGCUGUGACCCUGGUUACCUGGCAGACGGACCCAACAUCCUCACCUGCACCCCACUCGGCCACUGGUCCUCCGAACCACCUCGCUGCGUCCGCAGUGACGUUUGCCUACCCCCAUAUGAGCCAGCAAAUGGGGGCUACACCUGCCAUCCAUCCCCAUGCCGGAGGCUUUCACAUGGCACUGUGAUCGAGUAUUUCUGUGAUGAGGGCUUUAUCCUAAAGGGUGACUAUAAAUACCUCACCUGUCAGGAUGGAGAAUGGGACAGCCCCAUGCAGAUCAGCUGCCUCAUGGACCAAGACCGAGAUCCAACUCUACCAUUGGGGAUGCCCACCUUGUCAAUAGUGGCAUCUACAGCCAGCUCAGUGGCACUCAUCCUGCUCCUGGUGGUGCUGUUUGUACUGCUGCAGCCCAAACUCAAAUCCUUCCACCGGCGGGAGCAGGGUGUGUCUGGCCAGCCCGUGUCAAUUAUGGUGGAAGGGGUUCAGGUCACCCUGCCCUCCUAUGAGGAGGCUGUGAGCGGAGGCGGAGGUGGAGGAGGGGCAGCAGCCUCAGCUCUCAGCUCUGAGUCACGAGUCCAGAUAGUGCUGUCAGAGGGUCAGCACGCCACAGGGCCAGAGGCUGGCCCCUCCAGGCCCUCCUCCCUCAAACACCAGCAUUCAGAGAUGGCUGUGGUCCACCCUGUGCCACCGUCGUCAUCCUCCUCCUCUUCACCUUCACCCUCAUCGUCUUGCUGGGGCCUUGAACAUGCAGGCGCUGCAGCUGCCUCAUCCUCACAAAGGAGGCCCUCCACAGGCAGCGACCAGCAGAGCCUGCCCCUCCUGGACUCUGAGAUGGACUAUUCUGACGAUAUGCCUUUGCUGAAGGAGGCCUGAAACAUGCUGCAGCCUUUCGGACAUACCAGAGACCAUCGAUGUUGCUACUGACCUGUAGUGUUGAGCAAGAUGCCUAUUAAGAGCUCAUCACUACAGCAGCUGUCAUCACAGACGACGGACGCCCGGCAGAAGGGGCGCUGAGUGGAGCUGUGGGUCACUCAGAGUAGUUGCUCUCACCAUCCCAAAGGAGAACAAAGUGGGGUUCACAUGUACAUACAUGCUUAAAAUUUUUAUAGGAAUUCUUACACAACGUAUGUCUAAUGUCUGACACACACAUCUGUUUGCUCUUUUUAACCAUUGGCUUAACUUGAGAAUGUGGAAAAGAAUGAGGAAAGAUUUCUCCGUGGCUUUUGGGAAAAAAAUGACUGUGUAAUGUAUUUGGUUCCAAUGGAUGAAACUCAUCUCAUAAGCUAAUAAUCUCAUCUCACUGUCUUGUCCAAUGUAUGUUUCUCCCCACAUAUUACAUGUAAGCAAUGAUGCAUGAAGGCCUGACAAGCUAGAUUGUCUACAAAGUCAUGUCCACUCACACCAUUUUCUUCUACUACUUUUGUGAUUAGGAAUGAAUUAGUCACAAUUUGGUGUGUUAGUCAUCACUCACUUCCCACUCCAUGUCUCUGUACGGCUGCUUCUCUACCCAAAGGUGGACUGCGCUCCAGUCAUUAGAUUUUGAGCAACAUUUUAUCUUCUCAUUUCAAGUGAUUUAAUGCUCCAGGCCUGCUUUCACCAUGUUUCCCGAACCAUCUAAUCUGUGCACCCUUCAGGAGGUGAGUCUCCAACUGUAUUCUCCCCUUCAUACUCACACACCCGCCCCCAAUGGCCUUAGCUUUCCACUUCUAUGCACAGGCAUCUGUAAUAUGGUAAAUAUGGGAUUUUAAAAAUGAAUGUCAGUUAAAUGCCUCCACAGCUUAGUGAUAUUAUGUGUGGCUUUGUCAGACACAUCACUUGUACACCUGAAAAUAUUAUACAAUUAAUUUAUACAGGCUGCUUUGAAACUCCUGUUUUAAUUAAGUCUAAAUAAGAAAACUAAAUUGAGUAUUUAAUAUAUUUGUGUCCAUUAUGCUGUUGAUCAGCCGUGGCUCCUUUUGAUGCUUCCACAACUCUUGGAAACGUUUGAAAAAAUAGGUCUUUUCACUUUGCCGCUUCGAUUUAAUUCCACUGCAGGCACGUUAUAUGUGACACUGUAAAAGAUACUGGGAAAAUCCAAAACAAAAAACAACAACAAAAAACAAUUGUACAGCUUAGUGUAAUGUCAGUGUUAACUUUGUUUGACUUUCUAUUGAAUUUUGUUUUGGACUGAGCAAUGGGUUUUUGUGUGAAGAUGGUAUUUUAAUAUUGUAAAAAGUUUUAAGUUAAUUUUACUCUGUAUAUACCAUGUGAUAAUUUUGAUUAAAUAUUAUUUGAGGUGUGCAA